GUUGAGGACACUAUAGGCAGGCUUACUUACUAAAUGGAACCGGUUGGCUAAAAUAUGGUAGCCUAAAUCAGCUUGGUAGCCUACUUCUUAGAUUAGGCCUACUUGUAAGCACAGUAGGUUCUGCAGCCUAUUGUGGCAUUGAAGGGACUCAAUGGAAACGUCACCACUUCUCCAAAGAGGCAUAUUAAAACAGGCAAACGGUCAUGGAACCAACGCAAAUUUCAACCCCAGGACAAGGCGCUCGUCGAUUUGGUUGCCACACUGUGUGGACCUCUAUAUCCGACAGGCAGUUGUGCUGAUUGAGGAUGCCAUAAACUACCGCUCCAUAAAACAUUACAUGGAUUCCAGAUCCCUUAAACUAUACAGGUGGUACUACUCCAGAACAUGGCAAUGGGUGCUGAAUGUCAUGAUAGUUUUCAUCCUUGGCCUUGCCUUCAUAGAGAGACCUUCCUCCCUGUCCGUGACCUCUGACCUACGCUACAAAGCGUGCCCCUGGGAAGCCCCGUGUGGCCUCACUGAGACCAUUGAGAUGCUCUGCUUUCUUACCUUCACGCUCGACUUGACUGCAAAGAUCUACCUGAUUGGUUGGGGAGAGUUUUGGAAAUGCAGAUGGCUGAUAGGCUACAUGGUGGUUAUUGCAUUCUCUUUCAUGGACUGGACAUUAUCCUGGACCAUGCUUUGUAAAGAGCAUAAUAUUAGAUGCAGAAGACUACUAAGGCCAUUCUUCCUCUUGCAAAAUUCAUCACUGAUGAAGAAGACUUUGAAAUCCAUCAAACGCACUCUACCAGAAAUUAUGAGUGUGUUCUUGCUUGUAGUCCUGCACCUGUGUCUAUUCACUAUAUUUGGAAUGCUGCUGUUCACCAGACAAGAGGAGUCAGAGACCAACACAGAGUGGGAGUCUUAUUUUAGGAACCUUCCUCAGUCUUUCACAUCUUUGCUGGUUCUUCUCACUACAGCAAAUAAUCCAGAUGUGAUGACCCCAGCAUACUCUUCAAACAGAAUCUACUCUCUAUUUUUCAUCCUCUUCAGUGGUUUCGGAACAUUCUUUUUGAUGAACCUGCUGACUGCCAUCAUCUAUAAUCAGUUCAGAGGAUAUUUACUAUUGUCCAUCCAGACGUCCAUCUUGAGAAGGAGGAUGGGAAUCAGAGCUGCCUUCGAGCUGCUCAGCUGCCAGCAGCCAGCGCUCACUCUCUCUGAUGAUGACAUGAUUGAAUGUGUGCAGGUGAAGACACUGAUGAAGGUUCUGAGACGAGUCAAGAUGGAUUCCUACUACCGCCAGGCCAUCAUUAAAAAAGCACUGCAGUCCCAUAAUGGUCACAUUGAGAGAGAAGCCUUUCAGAUGUUAUUUGAUGAACUGGACAAAGACAGGAUCAAAGAGCACCCUCCAGCUCCAGAGUACUCCUCGGUGAUUCUGCGCAAACUGCAGCGUGUGCUCAGUCAUGGUGUCAUCACUGUGGGUGGGAAUGCUGUAGCUUUGGCUAACAUCAUCUGCAUCUGUACUAUCCUUGUGAUUGACUCAAGAAAGACCUUGUCUCAACGAGAUGACUACUAUUUGGAGUUAAUCAACUGCUUCUUCAUUCUGUGCUACCUGCUGGAGAUGAUACUGAAAAUAAUUUCUUUGGGAUGGAGAGGCUACUUUUCCCAUGGAAGUAACAUUUUUGACGGAUUUCUAACUGUACUGUUACUGAUCCUUCAGAUAUGUGUCUUUGCCACUUAUAGACUUCCAUAUCCCAGCUGGAACCCUGCCAAGAAAGGAAUGCUCCCUCUGUAUGAAAUGGCACAUCUGGUCAACAUGCUGAUCGUUGUCCGCUUUUUGAGGAUUAUCCCUAACAUAAAGCUUAUGGCUCUGGUGGCCAGCACCCUUAUGGAUUUGGUGAAGAACUUGAGAGCUUUUGUUGGCAUUUUAGUGGUUGUCUUUUAUGUCUAUGCAAUCAUUGGAAUUUGGCUCUUCAAGGGAGUGAUCGUGUCUCCCACUAAUAUAAGCUGCAGUCAUUCUCAAAUAAGGAAAUACAGUGCCAACGUUUCAGUUGCAUGUGGGUCAUAUGAACAACUUGGCUACUGGGCAAACAACUUUGAUGACUUUGCUUCAUCUCUAGUUCUACUCUAUAACAUCAUGGUGGUGAACAACUGGCAGGUUUUUUUCGAGGCCUACUCCAGACACACCUCAGAAUGGUCAAAGAUUUACUUUAUUGCCUGGUGGCUCACCUCUUCAGUCAUGUGGGUGAAUCUGUUUGUGGCUCUGAUCAUAGAGAACUUCAUCUAUAAGUGUGACAGGAGUCAUGGGUCUUCCGUGUCUGACAUGAGCCUGACUGACUUUGAGACGACUGUGCAGCUGAUGUUCAGAGAACAUAUCCCAGAGCCCACAGAAGAGGAGAUCAUUAGCAGGCUUCAUGAGAACCCCCAUCUUCACCUUACUCUGUAAUGCACCUUACGAAGAAAGCUAAGUACACUUUCAGCUUAACUGUAGUGUAUUACAGGAUUCUUUCAGUCUGUACCUGUCUUACAAACCACACAAGUGUACGGUCUCUAACACUAAUAGCACUAAUUUACCUGCUGUGAAGAAAUAAUAUGAUAAAUCUUGUGUUCUCUGUCUUAUAUAUUUAAAAAUAAUAUUAUUUAAUCUUUUUAUUGAAAUUGAAAAUGCCACUCCAUUUAGUGUAGGAAGUUGCUGUUCUGGUUAUAUAGGUAAUCCACGACUCUGUAACUGGCCUACACAUGUGGUUAAAUUCUGAAUUUGAGGUUGAGAAUCUGUACAAAGUUUAUAGAACAUUUUGACUUUUAUUAACUAAAUCUUAAUGAAACCA